UAGCACUUUUCAUUGAAAAAUAAAAUGGAGGCGAAACAGAAAAGACCGUGGUGAGGCCCCUCGCUCUCUCUCGGAAGAAGCCGAGUAACGUUCCCUGUGGCAAAGUAAUUUUCUGCGUCUCUCUGCCUCGGGUUGUUAUUGGCGCAAUCUCCAAUCAGGUAACAGAUGAGUAAAAUAAAGAGCUGAUCAACUCACUGCUUGGUUCUUAGGAGCUUCAAAAACAAGUCAUUAAUGCCUGGGAUCCAGUCAAUUUCUCCAUUAGCUGUGCCUUGCUUAUUCACAUCCUCAAGACGAAUUGUUAGGGUGGCUGCAACUGCCAGAAAUCCUAGACUGUCUUUUGAAUCCAUGGCUUUAAAGCCUCCUUUGCACCCUACCUAUGAUUUGAAGGAAAUCAUCAAGUUAGCCCUUGCUGAAGAUGCCGGGGGUCAAGGGGAUGUGACAAGUAUGGCCACCAUUCCAGUUGACAUGGAAGUGGAAGCUAAUUUCUUGGCAAAGGAAGAUGGUAUUAUUGCUGGCAUUGCACUUGCAGAUCUGGUAUUUCAUGAGGUUGAUCCUUCUCUGAAGGUAGAGUGGUCCCAGAAAGAUGGAGAUUACAUUCAUAAAGGACUUCAGUUUGGAAAAGUUUUUGGACGGGCACACAACAUCGUUGUAGCUGAAAGGGUAGCACUAAACUUUAUGCAGAGGAUGAGUGGAAUAGCAACCUUAACAAAGAAAAUGGCAGAUGCUGCAUACCCUGCAUGUAUAUUAGAGACAAGGAAAACUGCUCCAGGUUUACGUUUGGUGGAUAAGUGGGCGGUACUUAUUGGAGGAGGGCGGAACCAUAGAAUGGGUUUAUUCGAUAUGGUCUUGAUAAAAGAUAAUCAUAUAUCAAUAGCUGGAGGCAUCAAGAAUGCCAUUAAAUCUGUUGACUUGUAUUUAGAACAAAAGAACCUUCAAAUGGAGGUUGAGGUUGAAACCAGGACACUUGAGGAAGUACACGAAGUAUUAAAUUAUGCAUCUCAAACAAAUACUUCCUUGACUCGGAUAAUGCUGGAUAACAUGGUAGUACCACUUCCAAAUGGAGAUGUAGACACAUCUAUGCUCAAAGAAGCUGUGGAUUUGAUUAAUGGGAGAUUUGAGACUGAGGCAUCCGGCAAUGUUACUCUUGAAACGAUUCACAAAAUUGGACAAACUGGAGUGACCUAUAUUUCUAGUGGUGCACUGACACAUUCUGUGAAAGCACUCGACAUCUCCCUCAAAAUUGAUACUGAGUUGGCCCUUCUAGUUGGAAGGCGUACAAAACGAGCAUGAGUGUCCCCCUUUUCUUGUCAAUGCGACGAUCAAAUUCAACUGCUGCCUGCUGGUAACCUCUGUCAUUGUUGUUUAAGAGAGAGGCAAGGGAAGAGGUACUGAUAAUACAAAGAUAUGGACAGCAUGCAGAGUUAACAUGAGAUGAAUUCUUGGGUUUCACUCAUUUGUCAAAAAGUUUCUUGAAUUUUCAAUUUUUUCUUUGGAUUUCAUGAAUUCUCAAAAAUUUGCAAUUAUGGCAUUCCAUCAAGUAUCCCUUA